AUGACGCCAGAAAUCCUCCGCCUAUCUCUUGAGAACGUCGACUUUCGGCUCCCAACGCAAGUCACGGACGAUAAUAGUGUGACAGCCCUCAAGAGUCUCGUCUUCGAACCCUUGCUCCGCUGGCAGCCACACGGCAAAGUCAAGCCCGCACUCUUCGACAGGUGGGAACACUCCGACGAUGGCAGGAUCUGGUACUUCCAUAUCCGCGAUGAAGCCGUCUUUCACGACGGUAAGACUUGUGUAGCACAGGACAUCGUCGAUUACAUCCUCGGUCUCCUGGACUCGCGCGACUACUUCGGCAUGCGAUGGAGCUACAGCCGCUACUUCGCGCAAGCGAAGGUGUCCGCCCACAACGAUCGGACGGUGCAGGUCGAGAAUCCGGAGCCGUUCGCUCAUAUCCUCGACAUCUUCUGUGAGUUCUGGCCGGUGCGGCUGGAUUCGAAGGGCAAGCCUGUGCUGGGGACGGGUCCGUUCCGGGUCGUGGAGUUUGAGCGGGAGAACAACAUCGGUUCGGCGACGCUGCAACGGCUGAACCCAACUCGGCACGACACGCCUCACACAAUCGUCGCGAUACAUGAGCCCAACGCUGCAAAGCGACUUCAGCAGUUGCGCAGCGGAGAGGUGGAUGCUGCGUUGAACUUGGAAAGGGUGGAGGAUCUCGAUCUCCUCGAUUUCGACGCCUCGCUUCGAUGGGGCAAGACGACAAGCACUUUGUCAGCGAUAUACUACUUGAAUUGCACCGAGGGCACCUUCAGCUCCCCAGAAGCUCGCCUGGCUGCAAAUCUUGCUGUCGACAACGAUGCCUUGGUGAAGGAGGUCUACCAUGGAUUCGCAUUGCCAUCUGCCACCGUCGUGAGCCCGUUCCACCUCGGCUUCCCAGAGUCACAUUUGAAGCCUAUCGCAUACGAUCCUGCCCGAGCAAGACAACUUCUCAAAGAUUUGGACCAGAUUGCUCCGAUCAUUUUACGAACGCCGACGUACAUGCCAGAACACGCCCAAAAGAUAUCCAGCUUCGUCGCCAAGUCACUCAGAGAUGUCGGGUUUGAUGUUGAGGUCAAGGUAGAAACGAACCGUCCAGAAUACGCUCGCCAAAUUGGCCUUCACAAGCAAAUCGGCAGCCUGGCCCUAUUCGACUCUACACCAAACAGCACGUUCAGAGUCCUGGAUGAUAAGAUUUCUAGCUCAUCUCAUGCGACUUGGUGGCUGGGUUACCACGACGAUGAAGUCCAGCGACUGUUCAAAGAAGCAAGGGACAAGGUCAGCACGGAAGAGAGGGCGAAGGCGUACGCGCUGUGCUUGGAAAGAUUGCAUGAGAAUCCCCCAUGGCUGUAUGUCGCGCACCCUGAAGUCGUGUGGGCGACGAGGCACGAUACGUCUCUUAGAAUCGGGCACUCUGGUAUUCUCGCUCUCGAAAACUGA